AUGCAAUUACCACAAUUGGUAUUAGAGAAUGGAGACUACCCCUCGUCCAUAUUCGGAUUCGGUUGGGAUGAAUCGAGCGGUGCAUACAAGGUGUUUGUGGUUUUGCGUAGUAGAAAGUUAAUGGGUAAAGUUUAUAGUUCAAACACAAAUUCAUGGAAAACAGUCGAGUUUUUUUAUUUCCGUUUGAUAUAUAGUAAGGCGCAUUUUGUGAGUGGAAAGCUUCAUUGGCUCAUUAAGAAUAAAGAUGAGGUGAAUGUUUAUGAAAUUGUUACGUUUGAUUUGAAGGAGGAGUUUGGAGUGAUGAAGGUUCCAUGUGACUCAAAACCAGUGUGCUUGGGCGUAAACGAGGGUCGCCUUACCAUGAUAUUUAGAAAGAAGGGUACAGACUUUGAUGCGCGGGUCAGGGACUACGCCAUUGACGUGUGGGUAAUGAAGCAGGAUUGUUGGGUGAAAGUGACGGAUGGUGUUGUUUAUGAGCCUUGUGAAAUUCUUCCAUCCGUAGCCCCAUUUUGCGCAGUCGACAAUGCGGUGAUUCGGCUAGCCCAUGGGUCGAAUUUUAAGAUCUACGAUCAAGCACGAGAUGAUGUGCAUUCGCAGAUGAAGAAAAUUAGAGUUUCCUUGCGAAAGCAUUUCUACAUCGAAAGUUUAGUCUCUCCGAAAAUGCUUAUAUUUGCUUGA